AUGGCAAUGUCGGAUGAAGAGUUAUUUGUUGGUGAUGAAAAUGAUAGUAAUUCGAAGACUCCCGCACAUGAAGCAGAUCCACACGAUGCAGCGAUGCAGCAGCAGGGAGAAGUACUACCUAAUCCUCCUAGUAACAAUGCUUCGGAAGCUUCAUCAUCCGGCGCUUUCCUUACAAAUAAUAAUUCAAACUUAAAUGUUGCUGGUUCGAGUUCGAUUUCAAGUGCAAACCCCGGACAAAGUGGUACAAAUAUCAUUCCUCAGAAACGUUUGUUUUCACCGAAUAAUUCAGCUUGUACGGGAGUUACUCAUCGUCCAUCAGUCGAUCUUUCUGCUUGUGGUUCUGAAUUUGCACGUUCUUCGGAUGAUGCUAUACGGCAUGACUCGAAAACCGAAGGUUCAAUAAAGCUUAAUAUAUCGAAUAUGGGAGCACUGAGACAAAAAGUAACAACAUCAUUCCAUACAAUUGCGAACCUACCAUGGCGUUUGGCAGCUAAGACGGAAUGUACAAAACGAACCAGCAAUGUAAAAUUCUUUAGUGUAUACAUAGAUUGCAACCCGGAAAGUGAAUCAACUUUGUGGAGUUGUGAUGCCAUCGUUGAGUUCCGAUUGAUUUCCCAAAAAGCUGACACUCCUAAUUUUAGUCGUCAGUUCACAAAUAAGUUUAAUUAUAAUUCAAAUAACUGGGGCUUUCCAUCAUUUAUGGAGUGGAGCGAAAUAUUAAAUGUCGAUAAAGGUUUUAUCCGUGGUGAUCGUGUUGUUGUUGAAGCGCAUAUUACUGUACAAAAAGUUGUUGGUGUGAGGAAAAAUCCGACAUUUGAUUUCACUAUACCACAGCCACAUACAUCAGAUGGUGUGCUUGUCAUUGAUGGUAUUCGCUUGCAUGUUAGCAAAGCGUAUUUGGCAUUGUAUUCACCCGUUUUCCAUGCUAUGUUUUUCUCGAAGUUUAGUGAAAGAGAUAAAAAAGAGAUCACUGUUGAGGAUGUAAUUCUGGAUGAAUUCAUUGAAUUACUAAGCGUUGUAUAUCCCUCUCAUAAACCAGUAUCAGCUGAAAAUGUAGAAUUUUUAUUGGAACUUGGUGAUAAAUUCGAAAUCCAAUUCGUGAUUGAUGAAUGUGAAAGAUUUCUGAUGCGAUCCGAUGAUAUUGCCGUGGUUACGAAGCUUGUUUGGGCUGACCAGUACUGUCUUGCCAAGUUACAGGAUGUUUGUGUGCGAACCUUCAAACAGCCAGCCGAUAUAAAAGCCCUCAAACAGACAGAGGAAUACAAAAAUUUGAGUGAUACAACGAAAGCCGCUCUGCUGGAGAAAAUUUUCAAACUGCUGUAA